UGGCAUUUGAGUCUGAAGCUGUGGAAGCUUCUGCACCACCACCAUUGUCAGCAGCAUCGACGGCUACCAGUGAGGGCACUGAGGGCACCGAGGGCACCCAGGCUGCGGCUGAUGGCAGAACUCGGAAGCGGCGAUGGGAUCGCCACAAAGACAAAGACCACCACCAGGGCAAUGGAUCUGCAGGAAUAGAGAGGUACAUGAAGAAGUCCAAGUGA